ACUUGUCCUGUAAAGAAAUGUCUUAUGAGAUCCACACUGCUGGUUCUGUCGCCUCUUGUGAAACAAGCUUUGAAGGGAACGUCUGUGCAGGAGCUGGACCUAUGGCAAUGUUUUGCAGUGACCUGGCGAGACCUAGCUCAGUCCCUGAACGUAUGUGGGGCCUGAAAUUCACUGAAGUGUCUAGUGGAGAGAACCAUAUUAGGUCUGCCUGGGACAACCAUAGAAGGAACAAUCAUGUGCACCACUGGCCACUGGCUUCAUUUAAUAUGAACAACUGCAACAACACAGAUGACAAAAAUGAGAAGAAGGAGGAGACAAAGCAGGAAAAGAAAGAUGACAAAAAAGGAGACAAGAAUGAGAAGAAAGAUGAUACAAAAGAUGAAAAGGAGAAGAAGGAAGAAAAGAAAGAUGAAAAAAAAGAUGACAAAAAGAAAGAAGAGCCACAAAAAGAAGCUUGGAUUAUGGACCCAACGACAGAUACGUACUACAGCUGGCUCACAGUAAUUGCUGCACCAACAAUGUACAACUUAAUGAUGCUUGUCACCAGGGCCUGCUUUAAUGAACUCCAGGAGGAUUUCAUCACAUUAUGGAUGUUUCUGGAUUACUGCUCAGAUAUUACGUACUACAUGGACACAUUUGUGAAGUCAAGAACAGGUUUCCUGGAACAAGGAUUACUUGUAAAAGAUACGAAAAAAUUAAGAGACAACUACAAAAAAACACAACAUUUUAAAUUUGAUAUAAUUUCAAUGAUUCCAAUAGAUAUAUUAAUGUUAAAAUUUGGGUAUAAUUACCCUGAGUUCAGGUUUAACCGUCUUUUCAAAAUCUCUCGUCUUUUUGAGUUCUUUGAUCGUACAGAAACCAGAACCAACUAUCCCAACAUUUUUCGAAUCAGUAAUCUUGUGCUCUACAUCCUUGUCAUCAUCCACUGGAAUGCUUGUAUCUUCUUUGCUAUCUCCAACCACAUUGGCUUUGGUACUGACAGUUGGGUGUACCCCAAUAUUAGUCAUCCUGACUAUGGCCGUCUCUCCAGGAAGUACAUCUACUGCUUGUACUGGUCCACCCUCACUCUCACCACAAUUGGAGAAACACCUCCUCCAGUUCAGGAUGUUGAAUAUUUGUUUGUUGUUUGCGACUUCCUUAUUGGUGUGUUGAUUUUUGCUACCAUUGUUGGUAAUGUUGGUGCCAUGAUUUCCAACAUGAAUGCCUCUCGUGCUGAGUUCCAGUCCAAGAUUGACUCCAUCAAACAGUACAUGCAAUUCCGUAAAGUCUCUAAAGACCUUGAGGCUAGGGUUAUCAAAUGGUUUGACUACCUUUGGACCAACAAGAAGACCUGUGAUGAAAAGGAAGUGUUGAAGAACUUGCCUGACAAGUUGAGGGCAGAGAUUGCUAUUAAUGUUCAUCUGGACACUCUAAAGAAGGUGCGCAUCUUCCAAGACUGUGAAGCUGGCCUGCUCAUUGAGCUGGUGCUGAAGCUGCAGCCACAGGUUUUCAGUCCAGGUGAUUAUAUCUGCAAAAAGGGAGAUAUUGGUAGAGAGAUGUACAUCAUCAAAGAAGGAAAGCUGGCUGUUGUGGCUGAUGAUGGUGUCACUCAAUUUGUAGUACUCAGUGAUGGAGCUUACUUUGGUGAAAUCAGCAUCUUGGGAAUCAAGGGAAGUAAGGCUGGAAAUAGAAGGACGGCGAAUAUUAGAAGUGUGGGAUACUCUGAUCUUUUUGCCCUUUCCAAGGAUGACCUUAUGGAAGCACUCACUGAAUACCCAGAAGCUAAGAAAGUACUGGAAGAGAAAGGGAAGGCCAUUCUUAGGAAGGACAAUCUCAUUGAUGAAGCUGUAGCCAACGCAGGAGCUGAUCCUAAAGAUUUUGAGGAGAAGAUAAAUCAGUUAGAGAGUAAUCUGGAUGUCAUGCAAACUAAAUUUGCCAAACUCGUGGCAGAGUACACAGCAAGCCAAUCAAAGAUUAAGCAAAGAAUUACUAACAUGGAAUUCAGAGUGAAGACCCUUCGGGUUGAUGACCUUUCUGAGGUCGUUGAAGACAAAAAGAACAUGUAG